ACUUCCAUUCCAAAAUGGCCGCCGCCACGGAACGCGAAAAGGCAGAGAAGAAACGUCUUCAGGCCUUCCUGGGAGAAAUCCUACGAGUUGGAGCCAUCAAGGGAUUUCAGUACUUCACUUUGUACUUAAGGGGGAGAGAAGAGCUGCUGUGCAGUAUCAUCAACGAACUUAAGCCUGAAUCAGGAGUGCCCCUGAGUACCCACAUCUCCACUGAGAAGUCCUCAGAACUGCCGCUCAACAAGUCAGAAAAACAAGGGAGUUCACUUAUGCUGUCCAUCGGAACUCAACAAAGGUUGAGUGGUCUGGCACAUAUGAACAUUGGGCUGCCUCCCGCCUCACCAAGUGACAAAGAGAUAACUCCUGUGGCUCCUGACCAGACCCUGUUCCUGAUCGCUGGUUAUGCCAGGUACAACUGUCCGUACGUGUGGAUCCGGUCUCAUCACCACCGCCUGGUCAACCUCACACACGCCUCCUCAGCCGACAAGGACAACCCCCUCAAACUCAAUGCUACCAACAACUGGGGACGAGAAGAAAUCCAUCUCUGGGACAUCCUUGCCGAGCUAGUCCACCUCUGCACAGUACCGGCACCGCGCAACCCCUUCGCUUUGGACCUGGUGUACUUCCAACAGCUUCCUCUGGCAGAUCGGGUGACAAGUACAGGUGCCAUGGUCUGGCUUCUGCAGCAGAUUCUGAAGAGUUCUGGGAACAAGGAGUACACUGGGAAGGUAUUUGAGGACCUCCACGACGUCACAAAGCUACACUUCCACAGCAUGCAGCAGUGGGCACGGGAGAAGUUGCCUCAACAACAACAACAACAACAACAACAGAGACCAGCUGGGGGAGGGUACAGACCAGGUGUCCAGCGAGGCCCAACAGCAGUCUAUGGGUACUAGUGAUGGAGUAGAACUGAAGAAAUCUGCCUGCAAAUUUCACUUUCAGAAUACUAUAAUAGAGUGGCCUAUGUUACACAGUUUCUCCUGUCAGGGGCUGAUUGCUUUGCUCACGUACUUGCUGAGGCAGUGCACAGUUUAUUUUCUCACACAGAAACCUUGACUUGCAUGGCGGAGUGCGAGAGAGGGUAUUUUCUAUCCUGGCUCUUAUCCCUUUUGUCAUCUUGAUCUUAUAUAUAUUGCACUGAAAAUAAAGCAAAGGAGCUGAAAAGUACUUAAUGGCAUCUUAAUUAGAAAGUUGUCAGUAUGUGUAACUUUUGUGAUGCUUCACAGUUAUGCAAUUUAUGAU